CGGAUCGAGCGGGUUGAUUCUAGGAGCUUGGUGUCAAGUGCUCACAAGGUAUACUAGCAGAGUGAUUAACGUUACUGAACAGAACGUAAAAUCGUGCGCCCGGUUUUGUUCUGUUCACUUCUCACGAUCUCACAGAUCGUAGACGGAAACGAUGAGUAAGUGGAUUGCACUCGUUGUAAUGCUGGUAGCAUGCUACUGCUGCCGUGGAGCGCAUGGCAUCGAUUUCGGAGGCUUCUUCAAAUCCACCGGCGAUGUCGCGAAGGUGGCCGCUAAAACAGCGAAAGGGGUGGUCGAGAAGGUACCGGAGAUAUUUUCCCCCGAGCAGCUGCUAGAGUUUGGCAAACAGUCGAUCGUCGGUUUACCGGCAGAGGCGAUCGCGGCUACCAUCAAUCAAAUAUGUUCUGUUGCUUUGCUGUCGAAUGCUACCCAGUCGGAAAAUUCCGUCAACAUAACGGAUAUGAACUACGUUCUAAUGACCGAGGAUGACAAUGUAACGAUACCGCUGUUGGAAUCGGACGAUCUAUGGAGCCAUGAUCAGUUUAAUAAGAAAUUCAAUACCGUGAUUCUGGUCACGGGAUGGACGUCGAACAUAAACGAACCGAACCGUGCGAUCGAUACGAUCUUCAAUGCGUAUAAGGCUCGCGGGGGGUACAACUUCGUCGUGAUCGAUACGGCCGAGUAUGUGGACACUCUCUAUACCUGGUCCGCGUUCAAUACGAACGAUCUCGGUAAGGGCUUGGCCGAUGGACUGCAAGGACUGAUCAAGUAUGUGCCAUUGGAGAAGAUACAUUUGAUUGGACACAGCUUGGGGGCACACAUUGUCGGAGCUGCUGGACGGCAGUUUCAGUUUUUGACCAAUCAAUCGAUACCUCGGAUCACGGGACUGGAUCCAGCGAAUCCCUGCUUCAAUGAGGGAGAAAGUUUGAGCGGAAUUCAGCGCGGUGAUGCUGAUUUUGUCGACAUCAUACACACCAAUGCAAAGGUUCUUGGCAAGAGGGAUCCCAUCGGCGAUGCGGACUUCUAUCCGAAUGGUGUGGUUUCUGUACAGCCCGGAUGCUUCGAUCCUGCAUGUUCACACAAACGUGCCUGGGAGCUGUACGCUGAGACGGUGUAUCCGGAAUAUGAAAAGAGCUUGCUGGCCACUAAGUGCAACUCGCUGCUGUCGCUCAAUACCGGCGGAUGUAUAAGCAAUCCGGUGCCGCUAGGAUUCGCAUGCCCCCCAACGGCGAAAGGAAACUUCUUCCUUAAAACGAGCAACAAGUCACCAUUCUCUGCAAAGAAAUAAACCGUCUUGUAUCGUGCGCAUGUGGGCGAGUAGCUGGUGGCAUCGGCAUCAACAGUUUCACGGGUGUUUGGGUUACACUGAAUGAAAACCUACCGUUUGCCAAUUGCAGCCCUACUCUGCACAGCACAAAAUGGUGCAUGGUACCAUCAAUUGUUGUACGUAAAAUGUUAAUUUUGUUACCAAAUACAGCAUUAAGCAUAUUUUCUAUCAUUUUCUGUUAAUGCGAAUGAUAGAUUAGGCGAAAUAAAUCUUCUGGAAGCCAGGAAAUGUUUGACAAACUUUUA